AUGACCGACUCGAGCUUCGUCCAAGCCCAACGCCGCGUCGCUGCGCGUCGCCAAACCCGUGAGGCCGAAGCUGCUGCUCGCAUCGCUGCACAGAGGCAAUCUUCUCGACCUAGAGCCAACCUCGAGCGCUUACCUUACCCCCUAAAUCGCAUAGGAUCUGCCUGGGAUGCUGUGUCGACAAGGGAGGGCACGCGCCCUGCAUUUCGAGUAGGACAAGUCGAUGCCGAACUGCUCGAUGUAGAGCUCUUGGACAUUCUCAAGGACCAGGUUUGCGAGGGUCUAAAAUAUUUUGGUGGAGGGCAUCUGCACGAUGACUGGUCGGCUGAGAUCAUGUUGGCUCUGAGGGCGAUGCUUUUCAAACUCACUGUCUGGGACCACGAUGCCACAUACGGAGCGGCUCUUCAAAACCUCAAAUAUACCGACGCCAGAAACGACGGGCUUAUACUCAGAGCACCCUCAAAGGUGCAGAAAUCGCUCUAUGGACUUGUCACAGUAUUUGGAAACUAUGCUUGGACGAGAUGGGAGGACUGGCUUCUGGAGCAUGACGAUGGCUACGACGAGCCAAGUCCCCGACUGAAGCGACUAUCGAAGCUGACAUCUGCCCUCUCAACUGUUCACUCGGCAGCGGCAUGUGUCUCAUUUCUCGUCUUCUUACUGCAUGGACGAUAUCGAACCCUCCUUGAUAGAAUUCUCAGAAUGAGACUUGCGCCACCCACAAGCCAAGUAAGCAGAGAGGUCUCAUUCGAGUAUCUCAACAGGCAGCUUGUCUGGCAUGCCUUCACCGAGUUUUUGCUUUUCGUACUACCCCUGAUCGGCAUCCAGCGAUGGCGACGCUGGUUGACCAGGACAUGGCGGAAAACAAAAGACAUUAUCAGAACGGGGCCUCAGGAAGAGGGCAAGGCCAAUGGUGAAUACGCGUUCCUCCCCGAGAGGACAUGCGCAAUUUGCUACCAGGACCAGAAUACAGCAACUUCUGAGAACGAAGUGAUGGCAGCAGCAGCAUCCAGUGGUGUUAUUGGCUCAGCCCAGACAGACAUAACCAACCCAUAUGAGACAAUACCUUGUGGGUGUGUAUACUGUUUCGUCUGCUUGGCUACUCGAUUGGAGAGAGAAGAGGGCGAGGGCUGGACCUGUCUACGUUGCGGUGAGCACGUCAAAGAAUGCAAGCCUUGGAGUGGUGACUUGGUUGAGCCGUCCGCAAAGCAUGCUUCAGCCAAGACGGUGGCUUUCUCAGAUGAUAUUACCGGGGGUGUGCUUGUAGAUGAGCAGGAUGAUGAAUCGUUCGUAGAGAGUCUGAGCACAACCUCAGAGUGA